GGAAGUGUCCGAUCGGAACCAGCCCUGUGGGAGAGGAGAGCUGUUGAAACUAAGUACUUCGUAGAGCAGAAGUGGGCUUCCUGAUCAUACAUUAUAUCCCAAGAUGAUGGCAGAAUCAAAGGGAGCUACAGCUCAGAACCCUCAGGAAGAUGAACGACUUCUGAAAGUGAAGGUGGAGGAGGAAAACUUUGUCUGGGGGCAGGACCCUUGCUCACAGAGAAGUGAUUCUCUCAAGCAGGAGCUCUGCCGGCAGCUUUUCAGGCAGUUUUGCUACCAGGAUGCACCUGAGCCUCGCGGGGCGCUGAGCCGGCUCCGCGAGCUCUGCCGGCUGUGGCUGAGGCCCGAGGUGCACAGCAAGGAGCAGAUGCUGGAGCUGCUGGUGCUGGAGCAGUUCCUGAGCAUCCUGCCCGCGGAGCUGCAGGCCCAGGUGCGGGAGCAGCACCCACAGAGUGGGGAGGAGGCGGUGACAGUGCUGGAAGACAUGGAGAGAGGUAGCAAUGAAGCUAUGCUCCAGAUUCCAGUCCCUGGACAUGGACAAGAAAUAUUCAGGAGAAAGGUGGCACCUCCUGGACCAGCCCUUACUGUCCACCUCCAGCCAGUGGACACCAAGGACCUUCAGGGCUCUUCAGAUCCCCCUCUCCCACUGGGCUAUGAUAAUGAGAGUGAAAAUAGUGGGUCUGUGCCAAAUCUGGACAUUCAUGAAAAAAUGGAAUCACAGAGAAUUAUAUCUGGAAGACCUUUGGGAUCUGCAUCAGAGGAGUCUGCUGAGCCUCAGGACAUCACUAAGUCUGCAGGCCAGACAAAGCGGCAACAAGAAAAGGAACCUGGGGAGUCUCGGAGACCAUCAUCUGUGCAAGAUGGAGGUUAUAACAAAAUCCUCACCCACAAAAAUAUACCCUCUGGUGAAAUAAUAAGUUAUGAUGGAUGUGACAGUGGUGUAAACCUGAACUCAAGUGAAUUUACACACCAGAAAUCUUGCAAACACGGUACCUAUGACCAAAGUUGCAAGUGGAAUUCAGGUUUUAUUAAGCAUCAAAUAAUUUAUGCUGGAGAAAAAAUUCCCCAAUGUGGAAAACUUCUCAAGCACCCAAACUUUAUUAAACAGGCAGCGGUUUUCAGUGGAGAGAAAACCCAUCGGUGUAGUGAGUGUGGGAAAGCUUUCAGACACAGCUCCAAACUUACAAGACACCAGAGAAUCCACACUGGAGAGAGACCUUAUGAGUGUAACGAGUGUGGGAAAGGCUUUGGGGGGAGUUCAGAUCUCAUUAGACACCAGAGAGUCCACUCUGGGGAAAGACCCUUUGAAUGCAAAGAAUGUGGGAGGGCCUUCAGCCUGAACUCACACCUCAUCCUGCACCAGAGAAUCCACACCAGAGAGAAACCCUAUGAGUGCAGUGAGUGUGGGAAAACCUUCAGAGUGAGCUCACACCUCAUUCGGCACCUGAGAGUCCACACUGGAGAGAAACCCUAUGAAUGCAGUGAGUGUGGGAGAGCCUUCAGUCAGAGUUCACACCUCAGUCAACAUCAGAGAAUCCACAAGAGGGAAAGCUUAUUAAUGUGAGGGCCUUACAUUUAUAGGCAAUGCUAAGGAAAUAGCAAAAUGGAAAAGAUUGAAUGCAAAAUAAAUACUGGGUGGGAUGA